GAGAGCAUUGAUUGAACUCCCGACGGCAGCCACCACCAGCUUGCCGACGGAAGAGUUGAUCACAAAUGCGAUGGUAAACGCGUUCUUCGUCUCUGUGUGCGUCGUCGGUCCGUGAGGUGUCCCGUACUGUCGCCGUCCCCGUGCGCUGCGAAGCUGGUGGGCGUGCAUGACAGUACACAGUCACACGGCGAUAUGCCAGUGUAAUCAUGUUUCGGGGAGAAGCGCAAGGGAAGGAAAGGAUUGGAAAGGCGAGACGCGAGCACGGAUGGCGCGGUGAAUCGUUCCCUUCUCGUUCUGAAGGAAGUUGCUGACUGGUCUCGAGACGCUGCUCUGGCAUGCACCGAUGCGCGGUUCAGCCGAGUUUGUCCGAGAUAGCUUUGGGGUAGCAAUUACACGAAGAAAGAGAGAGAAAGAGAGAGAAUUAGAGAAUUUGUGAGGUGGAAAAAGGUUGGAAUGCUUGGAGAGUGAGUGAUACACUACGCGAGGCGGGUGGUCAUGUUGUCAGGAAUGAGUAGCUGACACUCGAGAGCGUGUGAGGGAGAAGGAGCUGCCUGCUAUGGGAGCUACAUGGGCUGAGAGCAGCCAAGUGCUGCGUGACGUUGCAGACUCUUGCAAGCAACAACAAUGGUCCACUGCUAUCCGCCUCCUCACGUCGCACCCCGGGUUGUCGAGCUCAGCUGUCCUAUUAUGUAAUAGGGCUCUAUGCUACAGUAAGCUCGAGCUCUAUAAGCAUGUUGUGAAAGACUGUGACAAGGCUCUUGUAUUGAGCCCAUGUACUCCUCUUGCCUCCUUGUAUAAAGGACAGGCGUUGGCGGCCAUGGGAAAGCAUCAAGAGUCCAUCGAAGUUUGGCGGAAGGGCUACGAGGCUGGGCUUGGUCAAACAAUUGACUUGCAGGUGCUCUUGCAGCUUCAUUCUUUAACUUCUCUGACCAAAAUCGUAUCUGAGAAAGGAAGCCUCCCUGCCGUGAAAGGAGCAACCUAUGGUUAUCCACAAAAUGACGAGCCUGUAAAGGAGGCCUUGAGAAACAGGUCUGCUCCAGCCGCUGGAGGAGUAAAUAGUAAGGAAGGAACGUUGUCUGAUAGACACGAAGCGAGUAACGAGAUCAGAAGAUUGAGUGUUGACUUGCGCCUCGCUAGGGGUAUCGCAGAGGUUAAUUCGGGCAAAUACGAUAAAGCAGUGGACAUAUUUACACAGCUAGACAAGGAAAAUAUAGGUUCCACGUCUGCACUAAUUGGCAGAGGCACUGCAUAUGCCUUCCAACGAAAGUUAGACCUGGCAAUAGCAGACUUUAGCAAGGCUAUUGAAUUGGAUCCCAAAGCCUCAGAAGCAUGGAAGCGUCGAGGACAAGCCAGGGCUGCUACGGCCCCUAGCUUAGAGGCCAUAUCUGAUCUUUCAGAGGCACUGAAGUUGGAUCCCAACUCCCCGGACACGUUGAAUGAGAGAGGUGUUGUGUACUAUAAGCUCAAGGAUUACCAUUCUGCAAUAUAUGAUUUGCGUGCAUGUGUUGCUUUGGACAGCACAAACAAAUAUGCCUACAACUAUCUUGGUUUGGCAUCGACCGCCGCAGGUGACUACGUUGAAGGACUGGCAGCUCAUUUUAAAGCUCUUGAGCUCGAUCCAAGUUUUAGAGAAGGCUGGAUUCACCUUGCACAGUCAUACAAAGAACAUGCCAAUUCUGCCGAGGCUAUGCAGUGCCUUCGAAAAGUUUUGAGCCUAGAUGUCAAAUACAUCCAUGCUUAUCGACUCCUGGGGCUGCUUCUUCUAAGCUUGGGAGACCACAGGGCCGCUAUCAUGGAGCUAACUGUCGGGUUGGAAAUGGACCCAUCAAAUAAAGACUGCUUAUAUCUGCGAGGUUCUUGCUUCCAUGCCAUUGGGAACUUCGAAGAAGCUGUCAAGGAUUACGAAGUAGUCAUAGAGGCGGAUGUAAACACGGGUGAAAACCGCACGUUGCAGUCGUUGUCGUUUUACCAGCGGGAGAUAGCUCUGUACAGCGCCACAAAAUCUAACUUGCCUAUCCAUCAUUUUGACAUCGACAAUGACCUCGAAGCCGUCUUUAAAGAAGCUUGGUGUAAGAGAAUGUCGCCAGUAAGUUUCCUCCCGUCGUACGUGCGGCAGCCACAGUUCAAAGACCCGGGAGAUGCACUUACGCCGAAAAUUGAGACUUUUGUCUUGACGAAGUCCAGGAAUGCUCUUUUAGAAACUGCGGAUCGGCUUGGUCACCUGAUACAAUACAACUGCCCAGGAUUUUUAAGAAACCUCAGACAGCACCGCAUGGCAGGUUUGGCUGCCCUAGAAAUUGCACAAAAAGUAGCAAAUUAUCUCCGUGUAUCAAGAGAAGCCAGAAAAGUCCAGGAGAUGUCAAUCAUGGAGAAAGAGCGGAAGUUGGGAGAUCACAUCGAGGAAGUUAGCCAGAACAGGGUGGGUGCUUGCAGCAGCACCACUUCUGUCUCACCAGCUUGUUCUUGUCCCCAAGAAGCACGCCUCAAGAAUCAAGGAUUGAAGUGGCGUGAUGUGUACUCUAUAGGUGUCAAGUGGAGACAAAUUUCUGAACCUUGUGAUCCUGUCGUGUGGGUUGAUAUGCUAAGUGAAAAGGAGUUUGCAGCUGGGUUUGGUUCACACACUCCAAUGCUCCUUGGACAAUCUAAAGUUGUGCGAUAUUUUCCAAAUUUUUCGCGGGCUCUCGGCGUUGCGAAGAGAAUUAUACUAGAAGAACGACAGGUUUUCAAUGCGGCCAAUAGGCCCGUAGAUCUGUCUGAUCCUAUGCAGCUACUCUCUAUUGAUUCAGCAGCAAACUGCAGGGAUAUCUAUGAUAUUGUUGGUGAAGACUUUUGGAUCGUUACGCCUUGCUUUAGUACCGCCAGACCAGGAAAGGUGUUGGAUGGCACCAGGCUCACUUUGCAGAAGCUGGGCCUUAAUGGCUUUGACUUCUCCAUAAGAACGCCUGGCACACCUCAACGAUGGGCCGACUACGAAGAAGAGAUGCAUGCUGCUUGGGAGGAGUAUUGCAAUGCUUACUGUGGGAGAAGUAAAGCUCCCAACAACCCCAAGGAGCUGAAGAAACUGCAGGAUUGUAUUUUAAGGCUCGCCUUUUACUGGUACAACUUUAUGCCACUGGCCAGAGGCACUGCGGUUGUGGGUUACGUAACUCUAUUGGGUCUAUUUUUAGCAGCAGACAUGGAAGUCUCAGCAUCCAUUCCAGAGGGCGUGCAAGUUGAUUGGGAGGCAAUAUUGUCGUCGGAUCUUCAAAGUUUUAUGCAGAGUGUUCGUCCGUGGUUACUGCCAUCAUUGAUUCACGACACAUCCUGGCAGAACCUACCGAAUGUAUCUGAAACCUUUCCUACACUCGGCUCUGUAUUGGGGGUCCUUAGUUCGAAUUACUGAGCACAUUGCUCAAGUAACAUGUCCUUGCGAGAAUUAUAGAGGAUGAUUAGUGAAAGCCCCGAACCUAAAUCAGUUUUACGUUGGGUUCUGGGUGAUCCUAUACUCAUGUACAGAUUCCGUUAUGUCACCGAAAGGGUAACGAAAAUUGAGGGUGGGUUGAGUCAAGUCCACUGGACAGUGUAGCAAAUUUUUUUCAUUGAAAACACUACAAAACCCUCAACCUUAGUCAUCGAUAUCUUCACCAUUUAUCCACCUGAUGACAUGGUCUUCCCAUCAGAAUGUGUCCCGGCCGCACUAAUUGCAAUAAAACGUGCCGAAAAAGUAGUCCCUCGUCCACAUGUGUAUUCAAAUAAGCGAGGAGGCUUCGUGUGCGCCCCGGUCGUGUAUGACAUCGUAGUUAUUUAGAAAGAGAUGCUGUGUAUUUUAUGUGUAGCCUCCUCUCAUCUGUUAAAAGUGUCGCCCGGAGGUCGUACUUGGACUCAAUACUUAGAAACACCGGGAAGUGUCAUCAAGCAUAUUGCCUCAUCUGUUACCGAUUUGCUUGAAGUUAGGUAACCUGGAAGGGGCUCAUUGAGAGCUGUACAUACAAUCCUUAUCCAUUGCAAAAAGUCUAGGAGAAAGCACAUCAUACUGAAGCUUUCCUAGCUCCAUAAUGAGGUACCAGUUGAAGUUCCAGUGGCAUUUUCUGGACGCUCUUCAUGUACAUUAUCUUUUCAGAAUUGCCCUGUGAAGAGCUUUUUGACAAGGACGAGAUCUAUCCAAUCUCAUUAAUUAAACCAAAAACCAU